CACACGUCCCUGUCUGUUGGGCAUCAGCAAAGGGAGGGAAUGACUGUCUGAAUGGGGUUGGAGGACCCUGCGAAUGGGUUCUGCCGGCUGAGCCACCCACCUGCAGAGACAACUAACUUUUCUGGGCGGAGGAGGCAGAGGGGGUGGUGGUCUUCCUGAGCCUUAGGCUUGGCUCGUGAACCCUCUAUGACUCCCCCCGGGGCCACUGCUCCCACAUCUAAGGGCAGAGCGCGCGCGCGCGCGCAUGUGUGUGUAUGUGUGCGUGGUGUGUGUGUCGGGGGGGGGGGGGGGACUUGGUGAUCGAGGGUCACGCGCAGGUGGCUUUGCCGCUGCGGUGGCGGCGGUCGCAGAGGCGACACCGCUGGAGGCAGAGGAGGACGGGCAGCCGGCCCACCAUCGCUGCGGGCGGGAGCACCGAACUUCUGCCAUGACCGACACCGUGUUCAGCAACAGCUCUAGCCGUUGGAUGUGUCCCAGUGACCGACCCCUUCAAUCAGAGCUCCAGGCAGGCUGGCCCGUCCAUCCCAGCGGUCCGCCCGACAGACAGAGGAAGCAGGAAGAGCUGACAGAUGAGGAGAAGGAAAUCAUCAACAGAGUGAUCGCUCGAGCCGAGAAAAUGGAAGAGAUGGAGCAGGAGCGAAUUGGGCGCCUGGUGGACCGUCUGGAGAACAUGAGGAAGAACGUGGCUGGGGACGGGGUGAACCGCUGCAUACUGUGUGGAGAACAGCUGGGGAUGUUGGGCUCCACCUGUGUGGUGUGUGAGGACUGUAAAAAGAACGUCUGCACUAAGUGUGGGGUGGAGACCUCCAAUAACCGCCCGCAUUCCGUGUGGCUCUGUAAAAUCUGCAUCGAGCAGAGAGAGGUGUGGAAGCGUUCUGGAGCGUGGUUCUUCAAGGGAUUCCCCAAACAGGUCCUCCCACAGCCUAUGCCUAUAAGGAAGACCAAGCCCCAGGAGCCUGUCAGUGAGCCUGCUGUCCCUGAGCAGGUCACUCCUGAGCCCAAGCAUGCUGCCCGGGCUCCAACCCGAGGUGACACGGAAGACCGGAGGGGCCCAGGUCAGAAGACAGGUCCUGACCUGGCCUCUGCCCCCGGGCGAGGAAGCUAUGGGCCUCCUGUGCGCAGGGCCUCCGAGGCACGCAUGAGCUCAUCCAGCCGGGACUCAGAGAGCUGGGACCAUGGCCACGGUGGGGCUGCCGCUGACUCCAGCCGGAGCCCAGCCGGUUUGCGACGGGCAAACUCAGUCCAGGCCUCCAGACCGGCCCCCGCCUCCGUGCAGAGCCCAGCCCCUCCACAGCCCGGGCAGCCAGGGCCUCCAGGAGGCGGCAAAGCCAGCCCUGGGCCAGCAGGACGCUUUCCAGAUCACAGACCAGAGGUGGCUCCCGGUGAGCCCAGCUACGCAGGGGCCACCGCCCCAGCCCGGGAGGACAGAACAGGGGGAGCUGGGGGCUACUCAGCAGCUGGAGCCAGGGAGGACCGAGGGGGCCACCCACCAGGCCCCUAUUCCCAAGCGGCUGCUGUGGCUCCCCAGCCCGCUGUGGCCCCUGCCCGCCAGCCCCCGCCCCCGGAGGACGAGGAGGAAGAAGCCAACAGCUACGAUUCGGAUGAAGCAACCACCCUGGGUGCCCUGGAGUUCAGUCUUCUCUACGACCAGGACAACAGCUCCCUGCACUGCACCAUCAUAAAAGCCAAGGGACUGAAGCCCAUGGAUUCCAACGGCUUGGCUGAUCCUUACGUUAAGCUGCAUCUCCUGCCGGGAGCCAGCAAGUCCAACAAGCUUCGUACAAAAACCCUGCGGAACACCCGGAACCCCGUGUGGAACGAGACACUUGUCUAUCAUGGCAUCACAGACGAGGACAUGCAGAGGAAGACGCUCAGGAUCUCUGUCUGUGACGAGGACAAAUUUGGCCAUAACGAGUUUAUCGGUGAGACCAGAUUCUCACUCAAGAAACUGAAGCCUAACCAGAGAAAGAACUUCAACAUCUGCCUGGAGCGGGUGAUCCCGAUGAAGCGUGCUGGAACCACCGGGUCAGCCCGAGGCAUGGCCCUUUAUGAGGAGGAGCAGGUGGAACGAAUUGGUGACAUAGAGGAACGCGGCAAGAUCCUGGUGUCCCUCAUGUACAGCACACAGCAGGGAGGCCUCAUCGUGGGCAUCAUACGCUGCGUGCACCUGGCCGCCAUGGAUGCCAAUGGCUACUCAGAUCCAUUUGUCAAGCUCUGGCUGAAACCGGACAUGGGAAAGAAAGCCAAACACAAGACUCAAAUAAAGAAGAAAACCUUGAAUCCUGAAUUUAAUGAGGAGUUCUUCUAUGACAUCAAACAUAGUGACCUGGCAAAGAAGUCCCUGGACAUCUCGGUCUGGGACUACGACAUUGGAAAAUCCAACGAUUACAUCGGAGGCUGCCAGCUGGGGAUCUCAGCCAAGGGAGAGCGCUUAAAACACUGGUACGAGUGUCUGAAAAACAAGGACAAGAAGAUUGAGCGUUGGCACCAGCUACAGAAUGAGAACCACGUGUCGAGCGAUUAGGAUGCCCCCCGCCAGGUCCCCAGCUCCACGCCCCACCCCCAUGCCAGCUCACCCACCCGCCUACCCCAGCUGCCCUUUGCACUCCGGUCCCUCUUCUCUCCGCCUCCUCCGCCCCUCCCCUCCCUGCACCUGCCUUUGAGGUGCCCCCCCCCACCUUGGGCACCACUGCCAAAGACCUUCUCCUCCCUCCCUCUGCGAUGCUGUGGCGCGGGCCCUGAGUGUAGCCUGUCUCUGAUCCCUCUAGGAUGGGGCAGCAGGGAGAGGGAAGGGGCGAUUUUGACAAGGAGGUUGGAAUUUAAUGACCUCUCUGGGUAAACGGCAAAGGUUCCUCAUCAUUUAGAACUGUUUUUAGACCCUCCUAGCCUCGAACACACACACACACACACACACACACACACACACACACACACAACUUGCGUGUCGUGUCUGCGCAUAUCCUCAGUUGUCAGCAGACCCGGACAAGGCUGUGAGGACCAGCACUGGGGCAGAAACAGAGCAUCCAGGCCAGGCUGCCCCUCCACAGCAUUACCCGCCCCCACCGAUGGCCAGGAAAACAGACCACCGGGUUUAAACUCCCCGGUGACUAGGAACACACCCUCCCGGCUCCAGAUGCGUCAAGAAAUGGACGCACGGAACAC